AUGGCGCUGAUCAUUAAUGAAAUUUGGAGGACAAGGAACCUAAUUCAGUUUCAAGAUGGUAUAGCUGAUAUCCAUCUUUCUAAGAAGAAUGUUCAAACAAGGUUCUUGGAGUAUUCUAGAGUUUUCUCAGUCACAAGAGCACUACCAACAGUUCAACCAAAUCCUAUGUGGACCCCUCCCCCUCAUGGAUGGAUCAAACUUAAUGUGGAUGCUGCGCUAAAUAGCUCCAAAUCUGCCCUGGCAGUGGUCGCUAGAGAUCAUCGAGGUGAAGUCCUAUAUAUUUGGGGUUCUAGUUUCCAUUCGUGGUCACCAUCUCAAGCAGAAGCUACCUCUAUUCUUUGGGCUGUACAGCUUGCGAUUCAGGAACAUUGGAAGACUGCCAUUGUUGAGGGUGAUGCACUAUUAUUAACAAUAUUUGUAGCUUAG